ACAUAGAAUAGCAGCGCCGGAAGUCCUGUGUUUCUCUAUGGAAGCCAUGUGUGUUGCUGGUCGCAUGUACCGGGAUUGAAUGAGGUAGAGCCCGGAGAGGACGGGGUAGGAGAACAUGGAGCCCCCCACCGUGCAGUUUAAGAGCAAUUAUGAGGUGGAGAGAAGGAUCGAAGCUUUCUACAAAGGUGGAAGAGUCCAGAUCAAUAAAGACGGAACUCACCUGUUUUGUACUUGUGGAAAUAAAGUUAAUAUUCUAGAAAUUGCUACAGGAGUUAUUGUACGCUCUAUAGAACAGGAUGAUCAGGAAGAUAUCACAUGCUUUUCUCUUAGCCCGGAUGACGAGAUCUUGGUGACGGGCAGCCGUGCCUUGCUUCUAAAGCAAUGGUGUUGGGAGGAUGGCACCUGCUCCCGCACCUGGAAGGCCAUUCAUACUGCACCAGUUGCCAGUAUGACCUUUGACCCCACCUCCACUUUGCUGGUUACAGGAGGAUGUGACAGCACCAUCAAGAUUUGGGAUAUCCUCAAGCAGUACUGCACCCAUAACUUGAAGGGGUCAUCUGGAGUAGUCCAUUUGGUUCAGUUCCAUCCUGACAUGUCUCGGCUGCAGCUGUUCUCCUCCAGCAUGGAUUAUAAGAUCCGCAUCUGGGAUCUAAAGUCCAGCAAGUGUGUCUCUAUACUGGAGGCCCACUACAGCGCUGUCACCUCCCUCUGCUUCUUCCCUGAUGGGGACACCAUGGUCAGUUCUGGAAGAGAUAAAAUUUGCACGGUGUGGGAUCUAGAGACGAAAACUUCGAAAAGAACAGUGGCCGUGUAUGAGAGUGUGGAAGUGGCAUUGCUUCUUCCAGAAUCCUCGGAUGUGAUUGGCAGAGAAGAUAACGCAGAGUCCCUCCUCUUUGUUACAGCUGGCAGUAAAGGUAUCUUGCGGGUGUGGGAUGCGGCCACCUCUAGGUGUGUGUACAGUCAGAGUUUGCCUCACACCAGCAGGAAAGUGUCGGAGGAAGAAGGGGAUGAGCACAGCCUGAUUCAUUGUCUUCUCCUGCCCAAUCAGAGGGAGGUUCUCACAGUCACAGCGGAACACAAUAUCCUCAUUUAUGAUCUUCAGGAUCUUCAGCUAAAUAAACAGUUUGCAGGCUACAAUGAUGAAGUUCUGGAUGUGAAAUUCCUGGGCCUAUCUGAUUCUCAUGUCGUAGUCGCUACAAACAGCCCCCAAAUUAAAGUUUUUGAGCUGACAACAUCCAACUGCCAAAUCCUGUACGGCCACACAGAAACUGUUCUGGCAAUUGAUGUGUUUAAAAAAGGGCUCCUGUUUGUCAGCUGUGCAAAGGACAAAACUGUCAGAGUUUGGAAGAUGGCAAAGUCUAACGGAAAGGUGACUUGUGUAGCCAUGGGUGGAGGUCAUGCCAACGGUGUUGGAGCAAUCUCCUGUUCAAGAUUGAAGGAGUCUUUUAUAGUGAGUGGAAGUCAGGAUCUAACCUUAAAGAUAUGGAAGCUCCCAGAAUCCAUUUCCUCCAAGCAAGUUAAAGGCCAGUUACCCGGGAUGGAAGGCUUGCAUGCAGCUUGUACGGAGAAGGCACAUGAUAAGGAUAUUAACAGCAUUGCUGUAUCUCCCAAUGACAAGCUGGUUGUCUCCGGCUCUCAAGACAAAACAGCCAAGCUGUGGUCAGCGGCUGACCUCUCCUUAGUGGGUGUCUUUAGAGGACACAAGAGGGGCAUUUGGUGUGUCCAGUUUUCACCAGCAGACCAGGUUGUAGCCACAUCAUCUGCAGACGGAUCCCUGAAACUGUGGGGGCUGCAAGACUUCACUUGCUUGAAGACAUUUGAAGGUCAUGAUGCCUCAGUCUUGAAGGUCAUGUUUGUGAGUCGUGGCACACAGCUGGUUACAAGCGGCUCCGAUGGCCUGUUGAAGCUCUGGACCAUUAAGACAAAUGAGUGUGUCAAGACAUUGGAUUCCCACGAAGACAAAGUGUGGGGACUGCACAGCAACAAACUGGACAACGCUCUAGUGACCGGGUCUGCAGACUCGAGCAUUGUUCUGUGGAAGGAUGUCACAGAGACAGAGCUGGCUGAAGAAAUAGCUAAAAAGGAGGAUGAGAUCUUGAAAAAGCAAGAGCUGUCAAACCUUUUACAUGAGAAGAGGUUCCUGAAGGCUCUGGGCCUGGCCAUUACCCUGGACCAGCCGCACACCGCGCUCAUCGUUGUAAAAGCCAUCCUGAAGGAACCCCAGGGGAAGGAUGAUCUUGAGAAAAACCUGCUGCGGUUACGCAAUGAUCAGAAAGAGGCCAUUCUGAGAUACUGCGCCAUCUGGAACACAAAUUCCCGGAACUGUCGCGAGGCGCAGUGUGUGCUGAACAUCCUCCUCACCCACGUACCACCUGACACCCUGCUCCAGUACAGCGGCAUCCGAGGUACCGUGGAAUCAUUGCUCCCCUACACAGAGCGACACAUGCAGAGGAUGUCCCGACUUCUGCAGGCUUCCAUGUUUGUGGACUUUAUGUGGCAGCACAUGAGACUGACUGAUUUGCCAGAGGAGAAGAUAACAAGUAUACCCGUUACCAGCCGCCCCACACGAGAGGAUGCCAGAGCAUGACCAAGUCACCAAGCUAGGUGACAACCAAGUCCUCUGACAACUGCAGUGCAUAUAGACAAUAUCUAUACCAAGGAGGUCUAAGAAGCCGUGUUUUCUCUACCACUGGGGCCUCGUUGUGUUGUGGAUGGGAGCCGGUGCCCCCCGGGCUCUAUAACAGUGCCUUCAUAAAAUAGACUGAGCGCUUCCUGAAUUUCACAUUUACUGGCCCUGGUAACCUUGGAUCAGAGCGCUGGAGACAACUGCCGUCUCUGCUGAUUGGUUUUUCUGUCCGUUGGACAUCUUUAUAGAGAGAAACUUUUGAGUCUUUAAUUUUUUAUAAUAAACCAUCUUUCCCAAACUUUGGCUACAUGGUGGAUUAAUAAUAAUUGACUGUUUAUCUAAUAAAAGCCUUUAUGCCAA